CGUACGUAGAUAUAUAAGAGUCUGUGCAAGAGGAGCCUUAUGAGUGUGAGUGUGUGCGUGUAUGCGCCGCAUCAGUGUUAGUUAGUUCAAAUGGAAGUGGUGAUCAUUAACCUUUUAGUGCUUAAUCUUAGAAGCCUAAGAAGAAACAUCUGUUCUUUUGGCUCUUAAUGACCAUAGUCAAAAGAAAAAAUUGACCUGGCAAAAAAUAGAAAGGCAAGGAAAGGGCUGAAAACAAAAAUAGAGAAUGUUCUAAGAAAAAAAAAACGAAAGAAAAGCUAAAGCCAUUAAAAAUUGAAAUUUUCGAAAGGAAAAAUAUAACCAUUCACUCUUCUUCAGUGCCAAAUAGAAAAUUAAGUAAUUACUGCCAAAUUCUCUUCCUACUUAAUCCCAAAAAAAGAAUACUCCUAAUCUACCAAAAAAAAAGGUGUUAACUCUCAAAAAACACCCUUCACUGCAUUCGCAAAUCGAUUGAAAAACGCGCCUAUUUUUAUCAAGAUUUCAUCAUCAUCAUCAUUGGCAGCACUAAAAUCAAAGAACAUCAUUCGCAUCACACCAAAAUAAAAGCACAACACACCAAACGGACGUCAUUAGCCAUUUCUGACUUUGCCAACCCGCCUUUACGCCUUGCCACCCACUGGCUUUAACCCCUUUCGCCAUUAGCAAAGUUGGAUACGAACGAUAUCAACCAGCCAGCCAGUCAGCCACUACUUCAUUUAUAGCGCAUUUGGGUAUUCUUAGAAAUUCAGCAGAAAAAAAGCGCGCAGCACUGUUGUCGGCAGUCAUCAUCAUCAUCAUCACCAAACGCGAUCAUAGAACAAAACAAAAAAAAAAAACAAACCACACAUUCUAUGACAACAACAGCAACAACGUCUUCGUCAUUAUCAUCGUUAUCGUUGAUGUCGUGGCCGUCUGAUACAACUGAAAAAAAGAGAUUGUCGUUUCGCCGUUAACCUCUUCGCGCAUCGUCUUCGCUGUUUUAUAGCCGUGGCGGCCGUUGUAGUUCGUAAAUGAUUUGGGACUCUCGACUCGUCUCGUCUCUCUCCCUCUUGCUCGUUUAUAUCUAAAACAACAACAACUACAAUAAAAUAGCAAAAAAACAACAAAAUUUAUCUAAAAUAAUAGCUGUGUGUGUCGUUAUGGUCUUCUAAGAUUAAAUUGUUAAAUUUAUUGUGUGACAACUACAACAACAACACCAAGAGUACCAUCAAUUUAUAUUACAGCACGAGCAAAUUUACAUUAGUUUUACAAGUGUUGUUGUUGGUUUUUGUUUGAGUGCUGUCACUAUUAUUACAAAUUUUAUUAUUGUGCUUGCUGUCGCCAUCCAAUUUUGGAUUUUUCUCUCUAAUUGCCAUAAUUACGCAUGAAAAACAUUACCAGCUCAGGCACUUGCGGCAGCGGUCUGCUGCAAUUGCAAAACAAUCUCGUGGUCAGCCAUCAACUGGAGAACGGUGAUGAUACAAAACAAAAAGACGGUAUAGUUGGCGCUGGCACUAUAGCCUCACCGUGGACGCCAGUGAGUGCCGGUCCCCCUGGCGCCCUGGGACCGGCAGACUCAAAUGGCAGUAUGGUAGAUAGCAAAAAUCUGGAUGUGGGCGAUAUGAGUGAUGAUGAAAAAGAUCUAUCAAAUGCCGAUGCUGAAGGUGUUUGGAGUCCAGAUAUAGAGCAAAGUUUUCAAGAGGCCCUAUCCAUAUAUCCGCCAUGUGGAAGACGAAAAAUUAUACUCUCGGAUGAGGGUAAAAUGUAUGGCCGCAAUGAACUUAUCGCCCGUUAUAUUAAAUUACGCACCGGCAAAACGAGAACCCGCAAACAAGUCAGUUCUCACAUACAGGUGUUGGCCCGUCGGAAAUUACGUGAAAUCCAGGCGAAAAUCAAAGUUGAGCCUAAUGGAGUCCUAGGUGGUCCUGGUUCGGCCAACAAUGCUGCCGUCUUGCAUUUACUGAGUGAAAAGGAGAAGGCCUUGCAAGCUAUGUCUGGCAUGACAAGUUCACAGAUCGUUUCCGCACAGGCGGUAAAAAAUCUGACCUUUGCCUCUGCUCUUACAGUCGGGUUGCAUCAUCAUGCGGUGCAUCCCCAUCACACACAUCCACACUUAAACCCACACGCCCAUCACCCUAGCCACGCCCACCACUUAGCACACAGUCUUCAGUCGUCGUCCAAUCAGCAUCAGCACCAUCACCACCUACACAAUCACCAUCCGUCCGGUGUUGCGAAUCCUUUGGGUCAUCCCUUACGAGCGGAUAUGAAUGCGUCUUCCUCUGCUGUUGCAGCGACAUCAGCGUCUUCUUUGACGGCAGCCGGGUCAACGCAUGGUCAGCCACCGCCUCCACCUCCACCGCCGCCGCCACCUCACCCGCAUCUACAUCAGCAAACGGCUAAUUCGCAAUUUUGGCAACCUGGUCUCCAGCCGAGCACUUCACAAGAUUUUUAUGAUUACAGUAUAAAACCAUUUGCACAACAACCAUAUCCCGCCGGUAAACCAUCAACAGCUGUAUCUGGUGAUAUUGAAGCAGGUCUUCCGCCAGCCCAGCUGCCAUGGGAGGGACGGGCGAUAGCAACGCACAAAUUUAGAUUAUUAGAAUUUUCAGCGUUUAUGGAAAUGCGAAGAGAUGAAAUUUAUCACCGGCAUUUGUUUGUACAACUGGGCGGAAAACCUUCGUUUUCAGAUCCAUUGCUUGAGACGGUUGAUAUUCGACAAAUCUCCGAUAAAUUCCCUGAAAAAUCAGGUGGUCUUAAAGAUCUCUAUGAAAAAGGUCCUCAAAAUGCUUUCUAUUUGGUCAAGUGUUGGGCCGAUCUUAAUACAGAACUCACCGGUAGUGAAACGGGUGAUUUUUAUGGUGUCACCAGUCAGUACGAAAGCAAUGAAAAUGUUGUCUUGGUGUGUUCAACAAAAGUCUGCUCCUUUGGCUCACAGGUUGUGGAGAAGGUGGAAACGGAAUACUCACGCUUAGAAAAUGGUCGUUUCGUAUAUCGUAUUGAACGUUCGCCCAUGUGCGAAUAUAUGAUUAAUUUCAUACAAAAGUUGAAAAAUUUACCUGAACGAUAUAUGAUGAACAGUGUAUUGGAGAACUUUACAAUAUUGCAAGUAAUACAAUCCCGCGAAACACAUGAGACCUUACUAUGCAUAGCGUAUGUGUUUGAGGUCGCCGCUCAAAAUAGCGGAGCCACACAUCAUAUUUAUCGAUUAAUAAAAGAAUAGCAUGAAC